UAUAUUUGCAAUGCUUGCAUGAAAUUCAUAAAUCUACUGAAAGCAAAUCAAAUAAUUUUUUUCAUAUUUGUCAAAGCUUCCAAUCACAGUGGAAGAGCGAGCGUGAAAUCGACGAUAAAAUCCAAAGAUUUCGUUAAAAGCAUCCAUAAGUAUGGUUGUGAAUUGUUUGGCAACCCUACCAACAAUUUUUUGACAUUUCUGUUGUAUAGGAAGAAGAAUCUUAAUAUAUUUUUCCUUAGACUUGGUAUCGUAUUAGGAAGAAUGAGUAUUAAAAGGAAAAAUAUUGAAGAUGAACUAUCGCGAUUCGAGGCAGAAAUUUCCAAGCCAGCUCCAAGCACAACCACAGCUUCGCAUAAUUUGUUCGUGCCUAGUCAAGUGCGACCGAUCAUAGCCGCAAAUACCUACAAUCAAGUACAACAAAAGCUGCAACAACAACCGGCAGGAGGAGUAAAUACGACUAGCAGUGGCGCACCAGCACCUCCGCGCAUAUCAGUUCCAGCACCGCCAAUACCACCUGCUAACCUUUUCUUGCCAACUUUUGUGCCGACUCAAACAGCAAAUAACAAUAACGCAUCUGUUAUAAAUGCUACCAAGCAAACUGCUGCUGUAAAUCCUGCUACACCAGUUGUUUUAAGCAGCGCUCCAAAGUUAUACCAAAGUCGGCAAUCUGUCAAUGUGCCCACAGUGGCAACAGCCCCGCACAUCGAUAUUAAUGCUAUACAGUUUGACGUUACCCAAAAGUUAAAAAAACUGAAGGCAGAAAAAUCCGGACCCAAUCCUAUAGCAGAAGAAGCAAUUAAGGCGGCUCGCGCCUCCUCAGCUUUACAAUCCUUUCAGAGUACGGAACGUAAAAAGAAAGACCGGAAAACUAUACGAGUGGCUGGUGGUCAAGUUUGGGAAGAUCCUACUUUAGCUGACUGGCCCGAUGAUGACUUUCGUAUAUUCUGCGGGGAUUUGGGUAAUGACGUUAACGAUGAGGUACUCACACGGACUUUUAACAAAUACCCCUCAUUUCAAAGGGCUCGCGUAAUACGUGACAAACGUACAGGUAAAAGUAAAGGUUUCGGGUUUGUAAGUUUUCGUGAACCCCAAGAUUUCAUUAAAGCCAUGAAGGAGAUGGAUGGCCGCUACGUAGGCAGUCGCCCGAUAAAAUUACGCAAAAGUACUUGGCGUCAACGUAGUUUGGAUAUUGUUAAGAAAAAGGAGCGCGAGAAGCAGCUGCUUCUACAACAGUUCAGUUCAACGUGAUUAUAGGCGACGAUGAUUUAAAUUUCACCGUCUCCGCAAUUAAUUUCGGCAAUCUUUUAACGUAAGAUCACUAAACAAAAGAAGGUACCUUGAUUUAAGAAACAUCUGUUUUUAGUUUAAAAAAAUUAUUUAAUACAAAAGUCACUUUUCUAAUACAAGAUAUAUUAUUUCUUUA